GUCCGCUGCUCAGGUGAGUUCCAAGUGAGUGCGCUGCCCUCCACCUGGGCGCUGCUGAGCAACCCGGGGCACAGAGCGGCUACCGCGGUGCUGUCCAGCACUGUCCAGCACUGUCCAGCACUGUCCGCGGCGCCUCCCGACAGGCACUAACAGUGAGGACGGCACGUUUCCUGCGUGUCAGGUCUGUGGGUUUACCUGUCCCGCCUGGUGCCCCGGUGCUUUUGUAGUGGCCACGGAGAGAAGGAGGGGCGAGGUGUUCAAGAUCAUCCCACCUUCGCGGAUGACGGGUCCGGCUGGGAGGAGACAGAGGCGGCGCUCGUCGGUCGCUCCAACUCAGAGCCGGGGAGCUUGGGACUAGUGCUGGAGAUAAAGCAGGGACCACCAGGAGACAGCGGAGCACGCGACUACAGAACUGCACAGGGUCUGCACAACAUCCCCCGGAAAUAUACCUGCUAUUUAUGGCAUGUGGCUGGUAACUUUUUUUCUGCUGUACUCUUUACAAAAAGCACGCAGUGAGGAUGUUGGGACCAGCCUAUACUUUGUGAAUGACUCCGUACAGCAGCUGACAUUUUCCAGCACGGUAGGGGCGGUGAUACCCUGCCCUGCCUCUGGCUCCCCCAGCGCUGGGCUGCGCUGGUACCUGGCCACGGGAGAUGACAUCUACGAUGUGCCACACAUCCGCCACGUGCACGCCAACGGCACACUGCAGCUCUACCCCUUCUCCCCCUCUGCCUUCAACAGCUUCAUCCACGACAAUGACUACUUCUGCACUGCAGACAACUCCGCUGGCAAGAUCCGGAGCCCCAGCAUCAGGGUGAAAGCAGUUUUCAGGGAACCCUACACAGUUCGUGUGGAGGAUCAGCGGUCGAUGCGUGGAAACGUGGCUGUGUUUAAGUGCCUCAUCCCUUCUGCAGUGCAGGAAUAUGUAAGCGUAGUGUCCUGGGAGAAAGACACCGUCUCCAUUGUCCCAGGUAGGAACUCCUUUCCACUCAUCUCAGAAGCUGGCUGUGCUUCAUUGGUUCAAACCUGCUUGUGUUAGUGAUCUGAAUUCUGUGUACUGCACUGUAUU